GAAAGCGCGACGGGACCUGAGCCGAAGGACAGGAACCUCACGCCUCAAAUCCCCGCAUCAUCCCGCCUUCACUCUCUUUUCCCCUGGGAUCCAGAACCUCCACCCUUCUAGGCUCGCUGGCUCGUGGCCGAGGAGCCUGCGCGCCGCCUCCGCCCCGAACGCAAACAGCUGUUCCCCGAGACGUCGCCGCCCUCAACUUUGCCAACCAGUCCGCACGCACUUUGACCAGCGAAGCAACCCGGACCUGUAGGCUGGGGGCCGUUGGCGGAGUUAGAAAAAGAAAAGUGAAACAGCUGGUUUCGGGGCAGCGAGUUGCUGGGCUUUGCCUCAGAACUUUCCGGAGGCGGCGGAGUGGCCCCGCCCCGCCCCCACGCGCACGGGCCGGUCUAGUUCUUUCGCUCGGGGAGCGCGUGGGCAGCGGCGGCGGCGGCGGCGGCUGCGGCGGCUCGAGUGGCGCAGAGGCGGCGGGGGGAGUAGCCGCGCGGGGAAGCGGAGUGGAGGCAGUGGGGGCGCGUGCGCUUGUCAGGCCAAGAAGUUCUAGAGAAGAAAAAUUUCAGAAAAAUUGCCUCUGUUGGAGUAGAAUAUCAGUGAACCAAGAAAAUUUGAAGCACCAUCCCUAAAGAAAACCUGGGUUACAGUAACUUCACAGACUUAGCUGAGGGUUUUUUACCCAAAUUGGUCACUGGAUUCUGCUGCCUCAUACUUGAACCUGCUUGGAAUUUUUCUCAUGUGGAUCUAAGGGGAAUGCUUUAUUAUGGCAGCUGUGGUCCAACAGAACGACCUAGUAUUUGAAUUUGCUAGUAACGUCAUGGAGGAUGAACAACAGCUUGGUGACCCAGCUAUUUUUCCUGCCGUAAUUGUGGAGCAUGUUCCUGGUGCUGACAUUCUCAAUAGUUACGCGGGUCUGGCCUGUGUGGAAGAGCCCAAUGACAUGAUUACUGAGAGCUCCCUGGAUGUCGCUGAAGAGGAGAUCAUAGAUGAUGAUGACGACGACAUCACGCUUACAGUUGAAGCCUCCUGUCCUAAUGGGGACGAGACGAUUGAGACGAUUGAGGCUGCUGAGGCACUCCUCAAUAUGGAUUCUCCUGGCCCUAUGCUUGACGAGAAACGAAUAAAUAAUAAUAUAUUUAGUUCAUCUGAAGAUGACAUUGUUGUUGCCCCAAUCACCCAUGUAUCCGUCACAUUAGAUGGGAUUCCUGAAGUGAUGGAAACUCAGCAGGUUCAAGAGACAUAUGCACACUCACCAGGAGCAUCAUCACCAGAACAACCUAAAAGAAAAAAAGGGAGAAAAACAAAACCUCCACGACCAGAUUCCCCGGCCACUACGCCAAACAUAUCUGUGAAGAAGAAAAACAAAGAUGGUAAGGGAAACACAAUUUAUCUCUGGGAGUUUUUACUGGCACUGCUCCAGGACAAAGCUACUUGUCCUAAAUAUAUCAAAUGGACCCAGCGAGAAAAAGGCAUUUUUAAACUGGUAGAUUCUAAAGCAGUAUCCAGGUUGUGGGGGAAGCACAAAAACAAGCCUGACAUGAAUUACGAGACUAUGGGAAGAGCUCUCAGGUACUAUUACCAAAGGGGUAUUCUGGCAAAAGUAGAAGGUCAACGCUUGGUGUAUCAGUUUAAGGAAAUGCCAAAAGAUCUUAUUUAUAUAGAUGAUGAGGAUCCAGGUUCCAGCAUAGAGUCUUCAGAUCCAUCACUGUCUUCAACAACCACUUCAAGUAGAAACCAAGCAAGCAGAUCCAGAGUGUCUUCAAGUCCAGGGAUGAAAGGAGGAGCCACUACAGUUCUCAAACCAGGGAAUUCUAAAGCUACAAAACCCAAAGAUCCUGUGGAAGUUGCACAGCCAUCAGAAGUCCUGAGGACAGUGCAGCCCACACAGUCUCCGUACCCCACCCAGCUCUUCCGGACUAUUCAUGUCGUACAGCCGGUACAGGCUGUCCCAGAGGGAGAAGCAGGCGUAACCAGUAGCGUGCAGGAUGAAACAUUACAUUCUUCCGUUCAGAGUAUUAGGACUAUACAGGCUCCUGCCCAAGUUCCAGUGGUUGUGUCCCCUGGGAAUCAGCAUUUGCAUACAGUAACACUCCAGACUGUGCCAAUCACAACAGUGAUAGCCAGCACGGAUCCAUCUUCAGGUGCGGGGUCUCAGAAAUUUAUUUUACAAGCCAUUCCGUCAUCACAGCCCAUGACAGUACUGAAAGAAAACGUCAUGCUGCAGUCCCAGAAGCCGGGCUCCCCUCCUUCCAUUGUCCUGAGCCCUGCGCAUGUGCAGCAGGUCCUUACCAGCAACGUGCAGUCCAUCGGCAAUGGCACGGUCACCGUGGCUUCAUCUCCGUCCUUCAGUGCUACGACCCCAGUGGUGACCUUUUCUCCUCGAAGUUCACAACUCGUUGCUCACCCACCUGGCACUGUCAUCACUUCAGUUAUCAAAGCUCAAGAAACAAAAACUCUUACGCAGGAAGCGGUGAAAAAGGAAGCUGAAGAUAAUUGGAAAGAAGACAGUGAGAAAACUGAGCCACAGCCUCAGCCUUAUGUGAUGGUGGUAUCCAAUUCCAACGGAUUUGUCUCUCAGGUAGCUAUGAAACAAAAUGAAUUGCUGGAACCCAACUCUUUUUAAUUAAUAUACCAAAGGAAUUAUGGAUGAUUGUUUUUUAAUUGAACGUUGUCAGUUGUCUGCAGACUAUCUGAUUGAUUCUCAGAGAAAU